AUGUUCAAUGUGUCGCUCAAGACAUCUAAUUCAAAAAAGCCAGGAGCAUCUAAGCAGUCCACUUUGGCAUCUUUCAUAACUUCCUCGAAACCCAGUCGUGACACCAAGCCCAGUCAGCCGUUCUCUGCACUCAAAUUAGACAAAAGAAGCGUGUCUAACGAUGAAGAUUUCCUGCAAAAUAAAGAAAACGCGUACAAACGCGUGAAGUUGGAUCGGUCGGUCUCUUGUGUGGGAUUUGGCCAGUUGGAGACACCUGUUUCCGACAUGUCUAUCUCUCAACCAUCCAGCUUCAAACAUUCAAAACCAAUUGAAAAACUAGAAUUUGAAAAGACAGAGAUUGACGUAUCGACGAGACAAGAUGUAAGCAUCGGCAGGUCGAUCAAGUUGCCUGUACGUAAGCCCGUGUCAGCUUCACGUCAAAGAUCGUUGCCAUGGUCGAAUCUGAACAUGAAAAAGAUUUCAAAUCCACGCAACCAAAACAAACCGUCAUCUCAAAAUGGCAACAGCGUUAGCGGGUCUCUCUCGGAGGAACAGCGCAAGGUCAUUGAGAUGGUGCUGUACGAGCGCAAGAACAUUUUUUAUACAGGUUCUGCAGGUACUGGUAAGUCUUUUCUGUUACGUGAGAUAAUCAAACGAUUGAGGAACAGGUACGGUUCCAGCUCCAUUGCGGUGACUGCUUCAACUGGUUUGGCAGCGACGAACAUUGAGGGAACCACAAUUAAUCGAUUUGCCGGCACUGGACUGGGCUCUGAGCCGGUGAACAAGUUAGUGAGCAGGAUAAAAAGCAGACGAAGUAUCGUUGAAAGAUGGAAAGGUACCAAAGUGUUAAUUAUCGACGAGUUAUCCAUGAUAGACUCCAUUUUCUUUGACAAGUUGAACGAGAUUGCAAAGCAAAUACGAGGUAGCAACAAACCGUUUGGGGGUAUCCAGCUGGUUUUGACAGGAGACUUCUUCCAGCUUCCGCCUGUUUCAUUGAGCAAAAUGGGUGCAGCUAAGUUUUGUUUCGACGCGGUCAGUUGGAAGGAAUGUAUUGAUGAGACUAUCCUGCUAACUAAGGUUUUCAGGCAACAAAACGAUUCUGACUUGAUCGAGAUGUUGAACGCCUUGAGAAUUGGUAAGCUUUCGGAUGAUCUCAAGCGGAAAUUCAAACGGCUCGAACGCCCUCUCCAAUACAACGAUGGUAUUUACCCCACGGAGCUCUACCCAACUAGAGAAGAAGUUGAUCGUGCUAAUUUGGAGAGGUUGAAUUCGCUUCCAGGACGUGUCUACACCUUCCAAAGUCGCGACAAUUUCCCUCCGAAUGGAAAUCCGGCAAUGUUCAUAAAACAACUGGAUGGCCUCAUGUGUGCAAAGACUCUGCAACUCAAAGAAGGCGCGCAGAUAAUGUAUUUGAAGAACGACCUAGAAGACCCUCAAUUAGUGAAUGGAUCGAUCGGAAAGAUUGUCUGCUUCUGCAGUAUCGCACUUUGGACCUUAUUCACCAACACAUUUAAGGAAUAUGAAAGGCCUAUGCACACCGAUCUUCUGGUAAUGGCAUCUAGGUUUACUGGUAAUGAACCGACCGCCCAGGACGAAGCAUUAUACAACGAGUUUCUGGCCACAAAUUACAAUAGUCCCCCACAGGUGGAACUUGCUAAAGAAAUGAUUCGGACAGCCAAAAACUCUAAACUUUCAGAGGUCUUGCCCCUUGUCAAAUUUUCUCAUAGUUCACUGAGACUUAUAGAGCCAGUGCCAUUUUCUACCGAAUCUAAUAGCGACCUAAGCCGCGAACAACUUCCGAUCCUGCUAUCGUGGGCCUUGUCCAUUCACAAGUCGCAAGGACAAACACUGGAGCGAGUGAAGGUCGACCUGACCAAGAUUUUCGAAAAAGGUCAGGUCUACGUUGCUUUGAGUAGAUGUGUCGAUACGAAAAAUCUUGAGAUUGUGAACUUUGACGAAAAGCGCAUCAGGGUCAGUGAGGAUGUUGUCCAGUUUUAUGAGAAUCUGAAGCGGCUCAAAUGA